GGAAUUGAGUAGUCAGCUACUCAAUGGUGGGGUAUUAUUGCUUUUCUUAGACUGCAGACAUACGAGCUUGACAGUUUACUUUAGCAAGUCCUUUCAAUAGGACCCGGCUAUCUGAGAAACACUUGUUCCUGAGAGUUAUCAUUACAGAAAAACGAACACACUAAAUCAAGAAGAUGGCUAUGACAUCCUUAUUAAUUGUUUCUGUCGUCGCACUGUCAAUAAUCUCUGUAUACGGUUUUCCUGAUGGUGCACCAAUCGACGUGUGUGUUAAAGAGACUCCAAAUCAACCAAAACAUGGACCACACAGUGCACAGCCUUUAAGCACCAACCCCUAUCAUAUUCAUGCGUCAUCUGAUACUUACAGUCCUGGAAAACAAAUCAGCGUGACUAUCAAUGGUGAUACAUUCAAGGGAUUCUUUAUUCAAGCAAGAGAUGCUAGAACUCAUCAAUGGAUUGGAAGCUUUGCAAAAACAGCCAACACAAAACCAUACGAUGAAUGCAGUUCAGUAACUCAUGCUGAUGCUAAAGAUAAGCAAGAAGCCACCCUCAUCUGGAAUGCCCCAAAGGAGGGCCAGGGUCAAGUUUAUUUCACGGGAAGUGUUGUGAAAAACUUUGCUACAUUCUGGGUUGAAUUGAUAUCUCAUGCUGCUCAUUAAAAUAGCAUAAAACGGACUUUGUACGAUUCUGAGGUAUGUUUCUAUAUGAAUUGAGAAAUUACUGACUCGACAAAAAGGUUACAGCUACAAAUAGCUUGAUGAAGCAAUGCAAUAAAGAAUCACAUUUUUUCAACUACAGUUAAAAA